GUCCUGACAACCAAAAGUGUCUCCAAAGUUGUGAGAACUACUGCUCUAGGAGAACACAGACUAACAGAAGACUCCCAAGAUGGAAACUUUGUCUUUCCCCAGAUAUAAUGCAGGUGAAAUUGUGGUUCAUAUUCGAAACAAAAUCUUAACAGGAGCUGAUGGUAAAAACCUCUCCAAGAAUGAUCUUUCUCCAAAUCCCAAGCCUGAAGUCUUGCAUAUGAUCUACAUGAGAGCUUUACAGAUAGUAUAUGGAAUUCGACUGGAGCAUUUUUACAUGAUGCCAGUGAACUCUGAAGUCAUGUAUCCACAUAUAAUGGAAGGCUUCUUACCAGUCAGCAAUCUGUUUAUUCAUUUGGACUCAUUUCUGCCCAUCUGUCGGGUGAAUGACUUCGAGAUUGCUGAUAUUCUAUAUCCAAAGGCAAAACGGACAAGUCGGUUUUUAAGCGGCAUUAUCAACUUUAUUCACUUCAGAGAAGCAUGCCGUGAGACAUACAUGGAGUUUCUUUGGCAAUAUAAAUCUUCUGUGGACAAAAUGCAGCAGUUAAAUACUGCACACCAGGAGGCAAUAAUGAAAUUGGAGAGACUUGAUUCUGUUCCAGUUGAAGAGCAAGCGGAGUUCAAGCAGCUUUCAGAUGAUAUUCAGGAGCUGCAGCAAUCGCUGAAUCAAGAGUUUCGUCAAAAAACGAUAGUGCUGCAAGAGGGAAAUUCACAAAAGAAGUCAGAUAUUUCAGAGAAAUCCAAGCGUUUGAAUGAACUAAAAUUGUCAGUGGUUUCUUUGAAAGAAGUACAAGAGAGUUUGAAAACAAAAAUUGUGGAUUCUCCAGAGAAGCUUAAGAACUAUAAAGAAAAAAUGAAAGAUACAGUCCAGAAGCUUAAGAAUUCCAGACAAGAAGUGAUGGAAAAGUAUGAAAUCUAUCGAGACUCUGUUGACUGCCUGCCUUCAUGUCAGCUGGAGGUGCAGCUAUAUCAAAAGAAAAUACAGGACCUUGCAGAUAAUAGGGAAAAAUUAACCACUAUCUUAAAGGAGAGCCUGAACUUGGAGGACAAAAUUGAGAGUGAUGAGUCAGAACUGAAGAAAUUGAAGACUGAAGAAAAUUCCUUUAAAAGACUGAUGAUUGUGAAGAAGGAAAAACUUGCCACAGCACAGUUCAGAAUAAAUAAGAAGCAUGAGGAUGUCAAGCAGUACAAACGUACCGUGAUUGAAGAUUGCAAUAAAGUUCAAGAAAAAAGAGGUGCUGUCUAUGAGCGAGUAACCACAAUUAAUCAAGAAAUCCAAAAAAUUAAAUUUGGAAUUCAACAACUAAAAGAUGCUGCUGAAAGGGAGAAACUGAAGUCUCAGGAAAUAUUUCUCAGCUUGAAAGCUGCUUUGGAGAAAUACCAUGAAGGCAUUGAAAAGGCAACAGAGGACUGUCAUACUAAAAUAGAUGAGAAAACAGCUGAACUGAAGAGAAAGAUGUUCAGAAUGUCAACCUGAUUAACAAAAUUACACGUCUUUUUGUAAAUAGCUUGCCAAUUUUUAAUUUUCGGAAAGGAAUAGUUAAGUUGAAGUUAAUGGAAGUAUCAAAAGUACCAAAUAAUGUUGGCUCAGUUAUUUUUUAUAUACUCUCAUAGGUUAUUAUUUUGUAAGAUAAUGCAUUUAAUGUAGACUUUUAUGAACUUAAACUUAAAAUGGCUUGUGCAGCCAUUCAUGUCUCUACUCUGCUCCUUGUUGUAAGUGGUGGUUGGAGUAAAACAGAAAUAAUUGCAUUUGAAAUAUAUAAUUUUUCUCUGUUAUUAUCAUGGCUGUUGCUGCUUUGUUUGUCGACAUACGGAGGUAUAGUAUUAUUGAGCCCUGACUUUGCACUAAGCAUUGUGGGAUCUCAUUUGAUCUUCACUCAAGCAACUCUAGGUAGACAUUUUUGUAACUACUUUAUUGAUGAAGUAACUAUGAAGGUCCUGAGCCAAAAUUUGAACUGUGCUCUGUAUGAGACUGAGGUCUGGAAUGUUUCUACUGUACCACACUUUCUAAUGUAAUUAUUUAAAAGAGAAAGUAUGAGUGUGGUAGUCUAAUUCUUCACUGAUGCCAUGGCAUUUUUAUGAGGAAAAUAAGUUAAAAUGUGCAAACUGCUUAGAACAGUGCCAUGGUAGACAUGUAUAUGUCUGGUAGACAUAUGUGUAUAUUAAGUAUUGGUAUUUGGAGUUCCAGGUACUUUUCUCUUUGUCAGAAAUACUAAAAUACUGCGGUAAGUAGAGAGUAGGCUUUCAGUGACAAGAAAAGCCCUGGAAUAGGAGGAGUUGAAAGAGCUGGGUGUCCAGGGAGGAAGAGUUGGGACACAAAAUUGAGCUAUUGCUCUAUCCCUUUCUUGCCUUUUUAAAAUAGAAUUUUAAUCCAUAGAAAGGUCUGUUUAUGAGGCUAGGUAACGGGUGUAAACAUGACCUUGUCUCUCAUUUUAUAUUAAAAACAUUUUAACUCCCCUGGACCCAUCUCCACCUUCAGCUCUUGCUCUUUUCUUUUUCCACAACCAAAUUUCUAGAAAACCUAAUCUGUACAUGUACUUCUACUUCAUUCCCUGCCCAUCAUGGCAUUGUUACUUCUCUCCAUACUAAUUCACUGAACUUUCUAAGAUCACAUUAAUAGUUAUCAAAAUUCCCUGGACGUGUUUUAAUCUUUAUCGUCCUUACAUUCUACCUGUCCAGUACUUUUUUCCCCUUUGUCUCAGUAACACUGCUCUCUUGGUUCUCUUAAUUCUCUGUCUGUUCCUUUUAAAUGUUUUUCCAUGAGGGCUUCAUUCUCUGUUCUUCUCUGAAGUGUUUGUGUUCUCUAGACUUCUGCCCUUGACCCUCCUCUCCUCAACCUCUGUACCGGUCCUUGAAAAUUUUUAUCAACACCCCCCACUUCAAUCACGAAUUAAACAUGCAUGCAACUUCUACUGCAUUAUAUACAUUU